UGUGCGCUGUGUCCCUCGGACACAGCGGAUCACCGAUCACGGAAAGAGCCGAAGAUGUCGGCUCGGUCAUGUGAUCAGCUGUGUCCAAUCACAGCUGAUCACAUGGGAUAUGUACACUGAUCAUCAGGGCACUGAUGAUCAGUGUGCCCAUGAGUGUGGCCCCAGAAGUGACACCUGUCAGUGUCCAUCAGUGCCAGCAGAUAGUGCUCAUCAGUGCCACAUAUCGGUGCCUACCAGUGCACAUCAAUGCCACAUAUCAGUGCCCAUCUGAGCUGCCUAUCAGUGCCGCCUAUCAGUGCCAAUCACUGCUGCCUAUCAGUGCGCAUCAGUGCCGCCUAACGGUGCAAGUCAGUUCCGCCUAUCAGUGCCAUGUAUCAGUG